UCCAAUUAAGGAGGAUGACCACUUAUAGACUUUCUAAAAACAUCGUGGGAAGAUCCAGAGUUGAAAUAAUUCAUCGACCACAUGAAAAGUGCCCGUCAGACAGUGUUAAGGGUUGUCAGGGAAAGCUUAUCGGUACCCCUUUUGUUACUUAUUUAAAAGAGCCAAUAUGUGGAGCCAAUGUUGAAGCCGCUGUUACUAGAUUGUUGUCACCUUUGAAGAGAACGCGUCCUUCAUUUAAGCUCCAGAAUGGUAAGGAAAAUGGAUUUGAAAAAGAGGUUAUUGAAGAACCAUCAUACAACUACAAUUCUAAGAACCUGUCAAUGGAUGAUAUAGAAGUAGAGGAAAAAUCCAGCGAAGCGUUAUUUCUGUGUUGAAAGUAGUAAAUUUUAGACUCCUUGAAUACUUAAAGAAUAUUUUGUUGUUGAUGACAGUGUUGCAUGUUUUAAACUAAAUUGUGGAUUGUUAAUUCAAUGUAGAAUGUUCUUACUUUUUGUUAUUUGAAAAUCAAGUUCAUUU